GGGAAGCCCUCUGGGUGAGUGGUUUAAUGUGCUGCUAUUCCUCCUGCGGGGGAAGUAUCAACACAAGGAGCUGCCUCCUUCUCCCACAAACCACAUCUGGCCAGUGAGGCUCACUCUCCUCUUGUAAAUUUCAAAAGCAGAACCAAUAUGAGUGGAGACUGCUACAGUCCCCGCUCUUUCCAUUUUCCGCUGUGCCUCUACCUCCCCUGGUCCCUGCAGAAAUGGUGCUGGGGGGAACCAGUUUUUAAGCUGGCUCCCCCCAGCACUGACUCCUUCUCUACUUCCCCUUGCUGCCUGUGUCUGGGAGAGGGAGGAGGGGGGAGGAAGCAACUAUUUGCUUCACUGGUUGACUAGCCAAUAAACUUAAGCUUAUCUAAUAGUCAACUAGUCGCUUACAUCCCUAGCCCUGAACCCAUGGUCCAUCUGCAAGACAGCCGUGGACCACUAGUGGUCCAUGGACCACACUUUGAGAACCACUGCACUAGGGUUUUCACAGGGUCAUUCUUCCUCACGGAGUGCAAAGAGGACAGGGACUGGUAGGGUGGCUGAUUCCGUGGCUGGAAUGUCUAUGGUAUUUGGACUCUUCCUAUCCACACAGUGGUGUAAAUAUAGGUACAACACCCCUUAAAGCAUUUAAAACCCACAGAAAAGCAGGUUGGUUCCUGUAAUCGCAUGAGUUUUAAAGAUACUGUUGUGAUCUUCUCUCUCAGCUGUGUAGCUUAGGAGAGGAGUAGGUUGGAGAUGCAUAUAAGCUGUAAUUCUUAGGUUUCUAUUGGGGAAAACACUGACUCAGACACCAUUGUCUCUCAAGUGGGAUGCUGCCAUUUUCUGGUGGACAAAAUGUCCAUGGAUAUAACUUUUCUGGGAACGGGCUCAGCAUAUCCAUCUCCAACAAGAGGAGCUUCAGCUUUAGUCAUUCGUAGUGAAGGAGAAUGCUGGCUAUUUGAUUGUGGAGAGGGAACUCAAACACAGUUUAUGAAAAGUCAUCUUAAAGCAGGCAGAAUUACUAAGAUAUUUAUAACUCAUCUUCAUGGGGACCAUUUUUUUGGUCUUCCUGGUCUGCUGUGCACAAUUAAUCUUCAGAGUAGUUCUACGACAAGCAAGCAACCUGUUGAUAUCUACGGACCAUUAGGACUACGAAACUUCAUUUGGAGAACUCUGGAACUCUCCCACACACAACUUCUCUUUCCAUAUGUAGUUCAUGAACUUGUACCUACACCAGAUCAGUGCCCUACAGAAGAAUUUAAAGAACUAUCUUAUAUGGACAGAGAUGAAGUGAUUUCCAAAGAAGUGCAAGGGAGAACACUUCAUCUGGAUCCUGUAGAAAACGCCUACACACUGGUCAACAAUCAGCAAUUUGUUAUGAAAGCAUUUCGAUUAUUUCAUCGCAUUCCUUCCUUUGGAUUUUUAGUGGAGGAGCAGCAGCGGACUGGUAAACUCAAUGCACAGAAACUAAAAGACCUUGGAAUUCAGCCAGGCCCUAUAUAUGGGAAACUGAAGAAUGGUGUUACGAUUGUCUUAGAAAAUGGAGUAAUCAUUUCUCCUUCAGAUGUCUUGGAUGAGCCUAUUCCUGGAAGAAAAAUUUGUAUUUUAGGUGACUGUUCAGGCGUUGUUGGAGAUGAAGCAAUGAAACUUUGUUACAAAGCAGAUCUGUUAGUUCAUGAAGCCACGCUGGAUGACACCCAAAUGGACAAGGCCAAAGAGCAUGGUCAUAGCACUCCAAAAAUGGCAGCUGAGUUUGCAAAGUUGUGUAAGGUUAAGAAAUUGGUUCUGACUCACUUCAGUCAGAGGUAUAAACCAGCUGGUCAAAUUGGAGAAGGAGAUAUUGAUGUCAUGGCACUGAAGAGACAAGCUGAAUCAGUGUUAAAUGGUCAAGAAGUAACUUUAGCUGAGGAUUUUAUGACAAUAGAAAUUCCAGGGAAAAAGCAGAAGUAGCAUCUAGCUCUAUAAUAUGACACAAAUUAGCUUGCUGUUGGACUGUGAGUUUAGGGCCUGUG